CUUCCGGAUAUUCCAUUCAAGAACCUCUAGGUGAAGGAGCAUGGGGGUGAAAUCUCUCAGAACUUGUCAUUGGUCAGGCUGGCUUCUAUGCUAAUAAGGUGGCAGCUUCAGCCUGUAGAACGUUCGUUUCCUCCCCUGACUCCCACCCAAGCUCCCUACAUACCAAGUCAUAUCUGGAUGGCACCCAUUUCGUACAAGUAUUGUCCUGUGUCCAUGGAUGACAACUUGAGUCCAUUGCAGAGCCGCAAGCUGCCGUGGUGGCUGUGGAUCCUUCUGGCCGUGGUGCUGAUGCUGGUGCUGAUUCUCAUUGUGCUCACGAUCUUCUUUGCUGUCAGGGCCAACAGCAAGGCCUGCAAGGAUGGCCUCCAAGCAGAGCAGGAGUGUCGAAACUUCACCCACCUUCUGGAGCACCAGCUGACCCAAGCCAACAAAGUAUUACUAGACGCCGAGAUCUGGGCUGCCACUUGCAACAAGACUGUGGAGACUCUGACGGCUUCCCUGGAGAUGGAGAAGGCUCGGGGCCACAAGCAGCAGGAACUAGUGCAGAAGCUUCAAGGGGAGAUCGCAGAAUUGAAGCAGAAGCUGCAGGACACUUCCAAAGAGCUGGACCGACUAAGGAAAGAGACUGAAACCUCGGACACAGGAAAUGGCUCCACCACAGGAAAUGGCUCCACCAGCUUCGGGGACACCAUCAACCUCUUCGUAGUCUCUGUGCUUCUGACCCUGAGCCUCGGGGCUCUGCUGGCCUGAGGUCCCAGGAGGCUGGCUGGCCACACCUGGACUGGUCCGGUUCCGGCUCGGCUUCCCUGUCCUGCCCAGUUCAGAGGGAGCCACACGAUGUCACGGUUGGGGGGAGGGGACAGUAGGGGGAGAGGUGGGGGCUGGGUGAUGGGAUGGUUCAUGGGACUGCUCUGAGGGAGUCAAUGUGGCAGCCUUGGGGGUGGAGAAGUAUCAGAGUUGACCCACCCCCCCAACCUGGGAAGGUCAUGUGGUAAAGGGCAUCUGUGUAUUGCUUUCACAGUUUCUGGAAGGCCACUUUCUUUUUGGGCGGGCUCCAAAAAGUAAACACCCCUUUUGGGGGGCAAGACCUUA